AUGUUUUUCGAAAAUUUUCUUUCUUUCUUUUCUCUUUCUUUCUACAUUUUAACCAUAUCUUUUCUAUCUAUAAAAUUCUUUUCUUUCUUUGUUUUUCUUUCAUUCUUUCAACUUUUUACAUUUCCUUUUUCUAUCUAUAAAUCGUCCUUCCUUCCUUCCUUCCUUCCUUUCUUCCUUCCUUCCUUUCUUCCUUCCUUCCUUUCUUCCUUUCCUUCCUUCCUUCCUUCCUUUCCUUUCUUCCUUCCUUCCUUCCUUUCCUUCCUUCCUUUUCCCAGUGAUUCCUUUCUUUCUUUCUCCAGCGAUUUCUUCCUUACUUUUUUCAGUGAUUUCUUUCUUUCUUUCUUUCUUUCUUUCUUUCUUUCUUUCUUUCUUUCUUUCUUUCUCCACCUUUUUUUCUUUCUGCGUUUCCCCUCGUACUUACCCUUCCCCCUCCUCCUUGUAUGUUAUUUUUCCUCUUCUUCUUCUUUGUUCUUUCCCCUCUUCUUCAGUUUCUCUUUUUUCCUUGCUGUUUUUCUAGUUCUUUUUCUAGUUCUUUCCCCCUUUUCUUCUUCUUUUUCUUCUUUCUUCUGUUUCUUGUUCUUCUUCUCUGUUUUUGUGCUUCUUGUUGUUGUUGCUGUUAAUAUUUUUCUUUGCUCUUCUUCUUCUUCUUCUUCUUCUUCUUCUUCUUCCAGUUCUAUUCCCUCAUUUUCUUGUUCAUUUUCGUUCUAUUUUUUCUUUGUUGUUGUUAUUCAUCUACAUUCUUUUUCGUCUUUGUUUUUGUUCUGUUUCUUCUUCUUCUUCUUCUUCUUCUAUUCCCUCAUUUUCUUGUUCAUUUUCGUUCCGUUUCUUUUUCUUUAUUGUCGUCGUUGUUCUUUUUCUUCUUCUUUUUCCGGUACCCAGCAUCCUACUUCAACAUCCCACUGGAAUUUCCCGACAUUCCCGUAA